AUGUUUGUUCCCUGUGAAGUUCACAAAGGGCUCGACAAGCGACAAACGGCCGCCCCGCUGGAGGAGAACAGCAGCGGCGUUGGGAUCAUCCCGAUAUGUAACCGUAACAGUACCAACGGCGUUUCUCCUUUCCAUCCCACCUGCGGCUGCUUCGGGUCUUCCCCUUCGUUGGCUCAUGAAUGUGGAGGGAGCAGUACUGCUUUCCCUCCUCCCCCUCCCCCUCCUCCACAUCCUCCUCAGCCUACACAUCCUAAUUCCCUCCUUUUCCCUCCACCUCCUGCUUCCCUUUCGCAACUUGAAAUGCCUCCUCCUCCUCCUACGAGAAGCCAGGAAAGGCACGUCGUAGGGUCUUCCUCGACAGCAGCCCUAGCAUACGAAGGAGUUGGAGGAGGAGGAGGAGGAGGGACGCUCAUGACUCACGCUUCAGGAGACGCUGUGGGCGUCUACCUCCUCUCCAGAGACCACCUUCGCAGGUGCUUCGAGUGCGCCUUUUGCUCUCACCACUACCUGUGGCCUCUCUCCUCCAUGGCUGCUGAUAGCGGGACUGCUUUUCUCAGCUCUUCGUCAACGGCUACCGCAGCCGCAGCUGCUGCGGCGGUGGCUGCAGCAGCGGCGCUAAGGUCUCCUAGUACUACCUCGCUGUUGCACAACCAACUGUUGAGGAGCAACGAGGACGAAAGGGCGGAGGAUCGAGGGGCGUCUACAGGCAGUUGGCGUCAUCGGGGUUUCACGGUUGACAGCCUCCUGGCUCCCAGGGACACUUGGCUGCAUCACGUUCGUCCCUCGCAUUUUCCAGCGCAUCACCACUUCACAGCUCAUCUGCCCGCUGCUAAUGCUGUUGCUGCUGCUGCAAGCAUAACAGCACAGCUUCCCUCCCGUAGUCCUAGCGGAGGCUUGCCAACCUCUUCGCCUCCUGGUAAAGAUGACGACGCUAGCCACCUGCAGGAGCAGAGACCCUUAAGUACCCGGGCAUCGGUGUCGUCCGCUGGCGAAGGGGCAGCCACGCCCUCUGGGUCAACUGGGGUGACGCCAGUCAAGAGGAAGAGGAGACACAGAACGAUUUUCACGGAGGACCAGUUGGACGAACUGGAGGCGACCUUCCUCACGACACAUUACCCGGAUGUUGUUCUGAGGGAGCAGUUAGCCGCCAAGGUGGAUCUCAUGGAGGAGAGGGUCGAGGUAUGGUUCAAGAACAGGCGUGCAAAGUGGCGGAAGCAGAAGAGAGAACGCCAAGAGCAGGAGCACCAACAACAACAAAGUCACCUUCAAGAACACCACCACCAACAGCAGCAGCAGCAGCAGCGCGUAGGCUCAUCGUCAGACACCAAGAAAACCUUCAAGAAAGUGAACAAGGAAUCCACCGUGAGAUUAAAGAUAGAAGCCGCAGAGGAGGAUAAUUCUGUGCAAAGGAAAGUUACAGCGACGGAGUCUCCCCAGCAGAGGGCCAAAGUAGUCGCAAGAGCGGAGGUUCCAGAGGACGCUUCUUCCACAGCUGUUUCAGAGACUAAAUUUGUGUAACGCUUGUGAGAACGAGUUGACUGCCGCAGAUUGUAAAUAUGGGAAGGCAUUACUGAUACACAAUACAAAUACAUAUGCAUCGCGUACUGCAUGCGCUGUAUAUAUAUAUAUAUAUAUAUAUAUAU